GGAUGAUUUCAGUUCGAUUGCAAGUUUCCUGAGGUAACAAGGAAAGGGAAAGUGUGCCGAAGAAGAUAGGAAGAAAGAUUUAAUUAAAUUUUAUAAAUUAUUUUCUAUGGAAAAGAAAAUACCAAAAAGUAUUCCAGGUACAGCAUACAGUGCCCAAAAUGGACAAUUACUUGUUUCCUCAGGUAUACCAUCGCUGGAUACACUUCUAGGAGGUGGAUUGCCAGUUGGAACCGUCGUUUUAAUAGAAGAGGAUUUCCAUGGAUCUUAUUCGAAAUUAAUAUUAAAAUAUUUUAUAGUUGAGGGCAUUGUUUCUAAUCAUUCUACAUUGAUAGCUAGUCAAGAUGUAAAUCCUUCCAAUAUUAUCAAAGAAUUACCUGCUGUGAUCGAUAGUGAUUUAGAACCAGAGAAAGUUUUGAAAUCUCCCGGUGUUAGUGAUAAAAUGAAAAUAGCUUUCAGAUAUCAACAUUUACCUACCAACAAUGGUGCAAGACAAACUGUGAAACAGAUUGGACAUAUCUACGAUCUAUCAAAAAAUAUAUCAUUAGCUGAUAUUGAAAAUUCAGAUAUUUGUUAUUGGACAGGACAAAGAAUCGAACACGGUUCAAGAACUUACUCGAAUCCUGCAUACAAUGCUCUAUUAAAAUCGAUUAGGAAUAAAAUCAAAGACGGAAAAUUUUUUCUCAAAGAUUCUCCUGAAAAAAGGACUGUACUAAGGAUUGGUAUCCAUUCGUUGGGUUCGCCAAUGUGGUUGCCUCAUAGGAAAUCGUUACAUUCCAUAGACAGUACUAGAGAUCUGGAUAAAUUUAUAUUCUGCUUAAGGGCGUUGGUUAGAUCCGCGUACGCGGUGGCUCUCGUUACGAUUCCCACACAUCUAUAUCAUGAGAUAUCUUUGGAUAGAUGCAUACACUCUAGUGAUAUCGCUAUAAGAUUACAGGCUUUCAGCGGUACGGAACUCGAGAGGAAUCAAAGUUUAGCAGAAUACAAUGGGUUUUUUUAUCUGACAAAAUUAGCUGCCAUCAAUUCCUUGGCGUCUAAACAUCCUGGAUCUAUGGAAUAUGCUUUUAAACUGAGAAGGAAAAAAUUUUCAAUAGACUUACUUCAUUUACCACCUGAUAUACAAGAUGAUACGGAUUCUAAAAGUGAUCAUUUACCGCAAUUUGGAUGUGCUAUCUCAACAUUAAAACACUUGGAUUUCUAAAAAUAACAAAAGAGAAAAAUCAACAUUAUGUACCUUGAAUAAACUAUAUAUGUAAUUUAUUUAUCGAAAAGUAUUAUAUUUUGAAAGAUUUGACAAUUAAAAGUUUUUUUACUCA